AUGGCGGAUCAGAUCCCCCAGCAGAUGCGCGCUGCAACCAUCAAGGACUUCAACCAGGGUUACGAAGUCAAGGACAUCCAGGUCCCUACCGAACUCGGCCCCAACGACGUGCUCGUCAAGAUCGCCGCCGCGGGCUACUGCCACACUGAUCUCCAAGUCCAGGAGGGUGUCUACGAGUCAGCCGGCGCCAAGCCCGGCCUCGUCGGCUCGCAUGAGCCGGCCGGUACCGUCGUGAAGCUCGGCUCCGAGGCCGGCAAGCAGGGCCUCAAGGUCGGCGACCACGUCGGUUCCAUCAACACGUACGGCUGCUGCGGCCGGUGCAACUCGUGCAACCAGGGCAAGCAGGUGUGCGACAACCUCAGCGGCAUGCUCGGCCUCACGCUCGACGGCGGCUUCGCCCAGUACAUGAAGGCCGACGCCCGGGUCGUGGCCAAGAUCCCCGACUCCAUCCCCUGGGCCGAGGCGGCGCCUCUGUUCUGCGCCGGCGCCACCGUCUACGGUGCCCUCUGCGCGGCGAAGCCCGAGAAGGGCCAGUGGCUCGCAAUGGUCGGCAUCGGAGGCCUGGGCCACCUGGGCGUCCAAUACGCCAAGUCGCUGGGCUGCAAGGUCAUCGCCAUCGACAACCGCCAGGAGGCCCUCGACCUGGCCAACGACGUCCCCUCCCACCUCAAGCCCGAUCGCACCGUCCUCAUCGACACCGACGAGGCCAAGGAGAAGGCCGUCAAGGAGCUCCAGUCGUCCUUCUACGACACCAACCCGGGCGUCGACCGCGUCGUCAUCAACACGGAGGGUCGGCCGCUGAUCAAGUUCGCCCAGCAGUUCCUGCGCAAGGGCGGCGUGCUCGUCGACGUUGGCCUCCCCGCAGAUGGGCCCUUCGAGGUCGACGCUUUCGCCCUGAACUUCAAGGAGCAGACCAUUCGCGGCGCGUUGAUCUGCACCCCCGAGCGCAGCCGGGAAAUGCUGGAGCUGCACGCCAAGAACGGCUGCAGGACACAUGUCGAAAAGACGUUCAGCGUCGACCAGGCCAACGAGAUGGCUGAGCACUACAUGUCCAAGCAGCUCAAGGGCCGCUUGUGUAUGGUCUUCUAAAGGGCGUACGGGAAGCGAUGGAUGGAUUGGUGCAAUGAUACCUUUGCUUGUAUGGAUUAGUGGCUUUCUGGCGAGAUAAAUGAUGAGAUGACAACAAUGUACAACACAUUCUACCCCCCAAGUAACAAUUGUAAUGAUCCCGCCAUCGUGAGAGUGGAUGCAGAACGAACCUGUUGUACGGUGUAUUGUCUAUGGUGUACACAACCAGACUAGUUCUACACACAGUUCUUGUUUCCGGAAAUCAUCACGAGCAAAGUUGCCAAGAUACCCAUCUGUGUUAUAUACAGAUCUUAACAUACCAACCAGCUGCUACGAACAGCAACUCGUGUCCAUCUCUCAAGUCAACCCCUCGACAUUCCCUCGGCCCGCAGC